AUGGGACAAAAUAGAGCAAACUUAAAGCAGGCAACAAUUACUAAAAAAAAAAAAAGAAGUUGGAAUGCGUGUGAAAAGUUGGCUAUCAUUACAUAUCUCGAAAAAAAUCCUACAGCAAGCAAACGACACACUGCAAAAACAUUUGAAAUAACACCAAAACAACUGCGUGAAUGGAUUAAAAAAAAAAAUGAAUUAAAAACUGUUUUACCUUUUGUUAGACGGUUAAAUACUGGUUCACGUCCGAAAUAUCUACUUUUGGAAGAUGAGCUUAAAACCUGGAUCAGAUCUUUACGUUCUGCUCAAAAAGUUGUAUCUCAAAAUAUGGUUAAAACUAAAGCAAAGCAACUCGCAAAACAAUCAUGUUUUACUUCACUUUACCCGACGAUUAAUGAAUGCAAGUGGAGUGAUAAAUGGCUUUCAAGUUUUAUGCGUCGAAAUAGAUUUAGUAAUAGACGUCGUACUACUGUUGCACAGAAGUUGCCCGAAGAGUUGGAACCUCUAAGAAAUGAAUUCUUGAAUUAU